UUUCAGAUGACAGCUUUGACAAUAUCGAGAACUUCACGACUAUUACGCUUAAAUCCUAUUUCGGAUUGCGGUACUGGUAAUAUGCUGCGUGAAUUUCAAACAUUCGCAAAACUUUGUGCAAGUCAUCGACGGCCAAAAACAAACAUUGACAUUGAGAUAACUGAUGAUGGCUUACCGAAAGAUUAUCGAUUACAAGUUUUGAAGGUGACCAGUCGGCGACUCGAUUCUAUUGUUUCCAAGGCAAUCGGACAAGGACGAGGGCAAGCUGAAAAGCUGAUUCUAACGGGUAGAGUACAGAUAAACGAGGAAGACAUACCGAAAAAAGCAGCUUAUUAUGUACAAGAGAACGAUAUAAUCGACAUCUGGAAACAACCAGUGGAAGGUAACAGUAAAUUUGCUGAAGUUCAUAGAAUCGAAAUAAUCAAUUAUGCACUAACUGAACAGGGCUAUGAUAUCAAUCUGAAGUCAUGGAAAAACUUUUAUGUACAAAACUGGCGUAAUAGAAAUUAAUCUGUGAUGCUCAUUGAGCAAUACGGAACUUCCAGAUCGUUGUUCCGUGUACAGCAUAAAUGAAAAACUUUUUUAUCAUGUCUUGUAACACUAAAAAAGUUCCCUACGAAAUUUUCACAAAUAUCUUUGAUGACUUAUUCCUAACUUUUACUAGAGCCUUUCAGAACUGUUAUGGCUAUAAGAGAUGAUCACUUAGAUCCCUCAUCAGAAAUUCUAUUAAUCCUUAUUUCCUUUAAUAUUUCCAAAUCUUAAUAACAGAUUU